GACAAACGGGCGAGCAGCAGUGUGUAUGAGCAAACCGCCUUUGCCGCCGCUACAGAAUGUCCGCGCGUGUGCAUCAGCAAAUAUUCGAAGUACGUCGUCUCCAGAGCCAGCUGGGACGCGCCGGCGCGCGAUAACAGACUUAGGAAACCCGGCUAUUAUCAAAAUGGCGAAAGCUCGUGCAAUGCAGCAGCAGCAGCAGCAACCUCAUCACCAUCACCUCCAUCAUCCGAACUAUCACCAGCAUCACCAGUCAGCCAGCCAGAUGAAAGACCAUCCAGGCGGGUUGCUCGAGACGGAUCUUGACGCGGAUAUACACCACGGGGAGCCAGAUAUCAACGACGGCAGUAUUAUCAACGACGGUGCUUCCACGACUGACAAAAAGACCCGCAGUCUACUCAACCUUACUCAUACGUCGCGUCAAGGCCGUGAAAACGUACUGUUGCGCGUACCUCAGUCGCCAGCAGGGUUUAGUUGCGACGGAAACACCAGUGACCAUCCUGACUACGACGUCACUGGUGAACACAUCAACCACAAUCGUCCUCAUAAAUCCAUGGAGUUUCUCCUAGAUAAGGAGAAUUUACAUUUUAUAAAGCCUCCUGAAAAUGAGCUCCAGAAAGGAAUGGCGGCUGAACGUGUACCUAGUGAGCACGAGCUAAGAGUCCAGAGAUCAUUGCAACGAUUAAAUGUACCAGAUUGGUAUAAAAAUUCACCAGCAGCUCGUGAUGGAUUUCGGUUAAAGCGGCAUUCAGAUGCGUCUCAACACAGCGGAUGGCGUUCGCUUGGGUCUAAAACCACAUCGUUAUCUUCCCUUUCAUCGUCUUCCAAUCUCCGGCAACCUAGCAGAGGACUGCUUUCAAGUCCAACGCCGCAGCCGGUAUUCUCUCGAUGGAGCACAAGUUUAUUAAACAGCGCUGGCAGUUCCCCGGCAAACUCAAUAGGAUCAUCAUUUAAUUAUCGGCAACCCUACCUUGGAUGGCGUUCCCAGGAACGCCUGGCGAAUCCACGAACACCUGCCGAGCGACUUGCUCAAGGCAUCCUCCCACAGCUGGACCCCAAGCAGCAGCAACAGCAAGACCACCAGCAAUACCACCAAGAACAAGAACAGCAACAACAACAACGAACUAGCCACCAGCUGGAUGUGAGGAAUUCGAUAAAAGAAGUUACCUCAGCUAUAGUUCACUAUGUACAAAGCGGUCAGGAGGCAACAGUAAAAGGCGGAAGGCAUUCUCCUCGAUUUAACGACGAUAACAACGAUGACAGAAGUGAUAAUUAUCAUCAUCGAAAUUACGAAGAUAGAUUCGCCAGUCCCAGAGGUGAAGGCAUUAAAAUGUGCUGGAUGGAGAGCUCGUUUGUUGGAACACGACCGGUUGACUCGCCGGAAACGCCAGUGAGUUUGACAGCAGACAAAGAGUGUAGUUGUACAGGAUGUGAUGCUACGGGAACAACUAAAUCGUGUAGCUGUAUAGAAUCAACCACAAAUUCUGGACUUUAUCUAGAUUUAGCGCAAAGUGACGCAAGUAACUGUCCCUCCCCGUCUUCGAGUUAUCAUCGGGAUACGUCUCAACAACGAUACAGUCAUCGUGAAAUGAUGGAAGACAUGAAAGAUACCCAAACCACGGCAAUGACGGCCGCGUUUUUCCGGAAUAAACCGAGUCCCGGAUCAACGACACUAGAAGAUGUGCUUGAUUCUCUACUGGGUUUACCGUCAGCUUCAUCACGGACGCCGAGCCCCGGAGGAAAAACUGGAAAGAGUUGCAGUGAUUUACGUCAAGACCUCCAAGAGUCCGUUAAACAGGAUACAACUGAGUCUACGGAGAAACCGAACCUAAAUAACGAACGUAGCAAAGAUCGUCGUAAAAGUGAAGGCAGUGAUAUUGUGCCACUAUCUCAUCGUAAUUUAUCAUCAUCACGUAAUCGUCGUGUCUCCUUUGAUAAUACUGCCACUGUUGAUAAAUACCUGGUAAAAUGUCGUCACAAUAAAUGUAACAAUACAACGACAUUAGUUGAAGCACGUAGAGUAUACAAGAGCUGUCAUUACUGCAUGUAUUUAUACUGUUCAAGAGACUGCAGAAGAGCUCACUGGCAACGUCACCGCAAAACAUGCCUGCAUUCGCGUGUCGGCGCUAUUUGUCGGCAAGUACUGUCAAGCGCUAAAGACGAUCCGGCAACGCUUAAACACAUUUCACUGUUGGCGAGACACGGAUAUAUGGCCCAUGGAAGAGGCGCGGUUAAAUUUUUUUUCACCAGUCCAGAGUUGGCGGAAAAAUUUAUCAGCAAUGGCUUCAAAGAUCUUGGAGAGCCCACCUAUGUCCGCUCGUCUGAUCUUCUGCUCAGUGAAAUGGGCACUGAACUUUACGCGGAGGUUAUGCGGCUUUGCAAGUCUUAUAACCCAGAAACAAGGUUGGUCCUUUAUGUUGCGGUUUGCGUUGUUAAUGAAGUACCGUCAACUGAUGUCGGUGGUGUUAGAUGGGAGCGACAAUUAAUUUCUCGUUGUGGUAAAAUACGUUUAGACGCUAAACCACAUCAUCAUCAUCAUCAUCACCAUCAUCAUCAUCAUCAUCAUCAACAACAACAACAACAACAACAACAGCCUCAUCAAUCACGUCAUCAGCAUCAUCAACAACAACAACAACAACAACAACAACAACAACAACAGAAGGAACAACAGCAACAGCAGCAGCAACAGCAGCAGCAACAGCAACAGCAACAGCAGCAACAACAGCAACAGCAACAGCAGCGUCAAGAACAAACUAAAGAAUCAUCAUCUUCACAACCAAUAUCAUCUUCAUCACCAGCAUGUAAUAUUACCCGUGAAAUGGAAUCACCUGAAACACUUGUAUUCACAUCAUUACCACAAUCAAACAGUGCUGGAGAAACAGAAACAACACCAAAAAAAAUCCGUGAAAUUGGUUUUGCGAAUAUUCAGCGGCAAUUAAGAUUACGUGGGGUAUCUCUCAGAAGACAUUUUCCUCAGGUUUAUAAAAAGUUAUGCUCCUACGUCGAUGGAUCCGUAGAUAAGUUUGCACCUGUUACGAUUUAUCCAAUAGACCAGGCCUCUGGAAAAAGUUUUAUGUGCAUUAUAAUGCUUGAUGUCGAACCCGAAAGGCUAAGGCUUUUGCCGACUGAUUCGUCACGGGUGAAAACUAUUGAUAUUAGUGCCAUUGAACAGGAGUAAUGUUGAUUAAUUAAUAGUUAUAUUUAUUAUGAUUAAUAUUCAUUAUUAUAAUUAUUAUUAUUAUUAUUAUUAUUAUUAUUAUUAUUAUUAUUAUUAUUAUUAUUAUUAUUAUUAUUAUUGUUAUUACUAUUAUAAUUAAUAUUACAUUGACAGUACAUCUAUUCAAAUAUCAGAUAGAUUUUUUUAAAUUAUGUUAAAGUAAUUUGCUGAAUUUAAAAAUAAGUAAUUAAUAUACAAAGAUAUAUUAUUAUUAUAUAAAAAUUUUUAGUAAUUUUAGUGAUUUGUAAAAUUUAAUUGCUCAUUGAUUAAACGCAUUUGACGCAGGAAAGUUAUUAAUAACUGAUUAAAAAGAUUAUCCAUUGUCAAUUGGAUAUAAAGAUACUUUUAAUAAAGCAUGUUGCUAAUUAAUAUACUAUCGCUACAUCUCUGACUAAAAAAAAUUAUA